UUUGCUUUUCUUCUUACUAAUUUAUUGCAGUUUCCAACCUUUUUUUAUGAUGCUUCCUUGUAAGAGAACUGCUCCUGAUCAUGGUGACGAUGAUGAUGAGAGCUUGGAACUCAGGGCUCCUGAGCCUAAAAGAAGAGCUAACCUGAAACACGCUGUUCGAAGCAUAAUGGGUGUUGGAGGGCUUUCCUUCAACAAAAUUGUGCUCAACCUGGAACCAAUGCUUCGGUUAUGGGUUCGUGAGGCGGUCGAAAGGGCAAUUAUGUCCUCCAUUCCUUCAUCUUCAAGAUCCUCGCUUAAUCAGAUCGAGGCACCUAGAGGACGAAGGUUGCAGUUGCAUUUUGUCGAUAAACUGCCUUCGAUCAUAUUUACAGGCAGCAAGGUUGAGGCUGAGAAUGGGAAUACCAUUAGGAUUGUCAUAGUUGAUGCAACUACCCAAACAAUGGUCUCAUCCCUGUCGUCGGUUAAGGUCGAGAUUGUUGUCCUCAAUGGUGAUUUCGACGCUAAUGAACGACAAGAUUGGUCAGAAAAUCAAUUCAAUGCCAGUGUUCUUCGUGAGCGAGAAGGUAGAAGGCCAUUGGUAACGGGAGAUGUCAACUUUACGAUGGUAGACGGUGUAGGUACUGUUGAUAAUGUGGUUUUCACUGACAAUUCGAGCUGGAUAAGAAGCAGAAAGUUCCGUUUAGGAGCUAGAAUUGUACAACAAAUUGCUGGUGAAGUGACGAUCAGGGAGGCUAUAAGUGAAGCAUUCAUGGUGAAGGAUCAUCGUGGAGAAUUGUACAAGAAACACUACCCGCCACACCAACGCGAUGAAGUAUGGCGUCUCGAAAGGAUAGCGAAAGAUGGCGCCUUCCAUGCACGUUUGGCUUCAAAAAAUAUUCAUAACAUAAAGGACUUCCUACGGCUGCAAGUUACCGAUCCAUCCACACUACGGAAUAUAUUAGGUGGUGGGAUCUCAAACAGGGUAUGGGAUACAAUCAUAGAACAUGCCUUAACUUGUGUUCUUGAUGAUGAUGAGUGGUAUACCUACUACGGAGCCGCACAAAGAGUUGGUCUCCUCUUAAACUCCAUUUACCAGGUCAUUGAAGUAACAUUUGAUGGCCAAAAUUACCUGCCUGUGGAAAACUUAAACUUUUCCCAGAAGCUGCUAGUGGAAGAUGCAAAGAGACAAGCUUACAAGAAUGUUCGGGACCUGGUCUUGAUCGAUCGGCGAGCGAUUACGGCCGGCCCUUCAAUGCUCUUUACAGAUCUGCUGCCUGAACAAGUAGGCACCUCAAAUUUGCUUCUGCCGCAACCUUAUUUCUCAGCUUCAAACCAAGACCAACAAGACAUGUCAUUGGGAUUCAACCAAUCCUCAGCGUCCUAUGCCUAUGAAGUGGAAGAUCCCAAUAACUUGCAGGGAAUUGGAGCAUUUAAUCCAAUGCUAAGAAACAGUUUUCGAAUGGAGGGAAUCUUCCCUUACAAUGGAGACAAUAGUUUUUCACUUUUCGCGGACGAAGAUUUCAAUAUAAAUCAGGAUAAUCCUCAGACUCAAAUGCUAAGCUUAACAUCAGCUGCUCCUACAUGGGCUCAAGGAAAUGGAUUUAUUUUGACUCCAGACUAUGAAUCAUCAUCUAUAGGCAUCCUUGCUUCUUCCCCAAGCUUCAAUGUACAUAACCGAAGCAUAAGGGAGGCGAGAGAUGUAUGUCCCAAAGCUCAGUGGUUGAAAUUACGAGCCGUUAUCCAAUGGAGGUCAAUUAGGCGCGGUGCUGCAAGAAGGCGACACUGGCUGCCACAAGGUAUAUGUAUAUAAAUCAGUAGGAACAAUUGCAUAGCAAUUAACAAUCUCCGACAUGUUUUAUGAAAUUAGGAGAUAAUAAUCUCGUAGAGGUCUUAUGUAGUGCUUCUUUAUGGAAAUGUAUUGUAUGUAGUGUGAGGUUGUAGGAGGGCAGUCCAUAUUAGUCUCCUAGGUUUAUUAUGUAGUUGAAGAUUUCACCUUUGUAACUUGUAACUAACAAUUGCAACAAAACAAGGGUGUCUGCAAAUAGUGUUUUUUAAGUUAAAAAUAUUAGUGUAAUAAAAUCAUCAAUUUCUUCUUGAA